UUCACUAAAAAUUCCAUGAUAUCCUUCACUUUCAUCUUCACCCAAUCAAAGCAAGGUACCUUAACAAUGGGUUCCACUGUGAAUUCCCCAUCAACCCCCAUCAUUAUUCCCAGUUCCCCCCUUCAAACUUCAUUCAUCCCCAAAACAUCUCAACUUUCCAUAUUCAAGAAGAAAAAACCUUUCAACUUUGCCUCCAAGAAACUAGUGUCAUGCAAAGCCAGUGAUAGGAACCAAAAUAAUGCAGACUCGUCUUCUCUAAACAGGUUUGAUAGAAGGGAUAUCCUUCUUGGCCUAGGAGGUCUGUAUGGUGCAACCAACCUUGUAAGUGACCCAUUUGCAUCGGCCGCCCCAAUAGCCGCCCCUGACCUUUCGCUUUGUGAGAAUUCAACCGUAACAUCUUCAAGUUCAGGAACCAGCAUAAGUGUCCCUUGCUGCCCACCAAAAGCAACAAAUAUUAUAGAUUUCAAACCACCUCGGUUUUCCAAUAUAAGGUUAAGGCCGGCAGCACAUUUAGUUGAUGCUAACUACUUGGAGAAAUUUACAAAGGCGAUGGAGCUGAUGAAAGCUCUUCCUGAUGAUGAUCCUCGUAGUUUCAAGCAACAGGCUAAUGUUCAUUGUGCCUAUUGCAAUGGGGUUUAUGAUCAUGUGGGAUUUCCAGAUCAACAACUUCAAAUUCACUUUUCAUGGCUUUUUUUCCCAUUCCAUAGGUUUUAUCUCUAUUUCUACGAAAGGAUAUUGGGGAAGUUGAUUGGUGAUCCUAAUUUCGUAAUGCCAUUUUGGAACUGGGAUUCUCCCCCUGGCAUGGUUAUCCCUGAUAUAUAUGUAGACCCUACUUCUCCACUCUACGAUGAAAAGCGCAAUGUGGACCACCAACCCCCCAAAAUGCUUGAUCUUGAUUAUGCUGGCACUGAAGAACUAUUAUCAAAGAGAGAUCAAAUAAAGAGCAAUCUAAGUGUGAUGUACCGGCAAAUGGUAACCUACAAGACCCCUUCUCUUUUCCAUGGAGCAGCGUACCGUGCCGGCGACAAUCCCAGUCCAGGAAUGGGUUCCGUUGAGAACAAUCCUCACACCGCCGUUCACCGGUGGGUUGGUGACAAGCGGGAGCCAUUUUCUGAAGACAUGGGGAACUUCUACUCUGCAGGUAGAGACCCAUUGUUCUAUGCUCAUCACUGCAAUGUUGACCGAUUGUGGAACAUUUGGAAGUCAUUACCAGGGAAGAAGCGAACUGAUUUCACUGACACAGAUUGGCUCGACUCCUCCUUUCUUUUCUACGAUGAGAACGCAAAUCUGGUUCGAGUCAAGGUUCGUGAUUGCCUUAACUCAAGGACUUUGGGGUACGAUUAUCAAAAAGUUAAUAUUCCAUGGCUCAAAAACAAGCCAACUCCUCGAAGGCCUGGUCGAGGUAGUGGUAGUGGUAGUGCAAUGGCAGCCGAAACCAGCACUAAAACCGUUAUUCGGAAUGCCUUCCCUAUAGUUUUAGACAAGUUGGUGCGUAUUGAGGUUCCAAGGACAAAGAAAUCAAGGACUAAGGUUGAAAAAGAAAAUGAAGAAGAAGUAUUGGUUCUACAAAACAUCCGGGUAGACCGAGAUGUGGCUGUUAAAUUCGAUGUGUACAUUAACGAUGAAGAUGAUGAGACACCCACCGAACCAGAAGAUUCGGAGUUCGCAGGGAGCUUUACAAAUAUACCUCAUAACCAUCACAACCCUGCGGUAAAGCUUGACACUAACUUGACUUUACCAUUAUCGGAUUUGUUGGAGGAUUUGGAUAUUGAACGUGAUGACAAUAUUGUGGUGACUUUGGUGCCUAAAGAAGGGAAGGGUCUGGUUUCUAUUGGUAACAUUAAGAUCGACUUCGUCCGAGAUUGAUGAUCAGUUCAUUUGUUGAGUCUACCCUACCUACCUGGUGAGAAAUAUAUUGCUCCACCCUUUGUGUUCUUCGAUCGGAGUGAUGGGUUCAUCACUUUGUUUCCCCUUUUUUAUGUACGAGGUUUUAAAUUUAGAAAUAAGGUCAUCAUGUACGUCUAUGACCAUAAUAUCCUUUGUAUGCUACGUUUUGAGUGAAGAAACUCGUUUGGAUUUUAUGUU